CCUUUAAAUUGGCCAGGUGGAAAGACUGCAUUUAGCAUCGCAGGCCUUGGUGAGCUGACAGGGAGCUGCCUUAGCUCUGCAUACACUGCAAGAGAGAGAAAAAAGACCUCUGCAUCUUGCAUCUUUUUCUCUCCCAAGGUAAUGCUUGCUCCAUCUGAACAGGCCAGCCUUUUCCCCAGUACAGAAGAAUCCUUGCAGGGCCCCCUGCCGGGCUCGAUUGCAGAGUGACCCAGGGUCAUCUGGUGUGCAUCAUGACAGGAGUGUCUUAGGACCCAGUAGAAUUUUCUCCGUGAAUGACAGACAAUGCUUUAAAAGGCCGGGUAGAGACCAGAUGUGACAGCCUGUGCCAUCCACAGUGAAGAAACCAGCCCACAAUUGCUGCAGCAGCAGCCUCCAUUCCAGGUGUGGAGAAUCUAACAGUACCAUCAGGACAGGCAAUGCCUUCCCUGGGAUUUUAUGCAUCUCAGCAUCCUCUCAAUUUUGAAUGAGCUUCAGGAUGCGAUGGCUGCCUAGGCUCUCUUCUCUGUACAGCAGGAAAAGGACUUUGAUUCCACAAACAAAGCAGGUCAUUGUAAAUAGGACAAUAGUCUCUGCUAUUUCUGGAGCUGGUACAAAAGCAAGAGGGUAUCACUGGCUUGCUCUCCAGGGGAAAAAGAGGCACAUCGAAGCAUGGAGCACUGCUAAGGCUAUCUUGGUUAGCAUGAAGGGGCAAAUCUGCCCAUGCAGGGAAGUUAUGACGAACUUGCUGACCAGAAGGAGAAAACAGUUGGGGCAGCAGCUGUCGGCCACGGAAGAACCCCCUGGUGCUCUUGAGUUGGGGAGAAAGAAUGACCAAAGAAGAUGGUGGCUGUGACAAAUAGUAUAAGUAUCCACUGGCAGUUCACACUGCCAAGAAGGCACUGAUUGCUUUGAAGUAGACCUCAGGGACAAUGCUCAACAGAACUCAGAUUAAUUCUAGCCAGGGACAUGAUAUAUUCUUUUCAAUGGAGGUGUCCCAGUUCCAGGAGGCCAUUGGCAUUUUCUUCAUGGUCAUGCUAAGUGUCAUUGCUUUGGUUGCCAACACAGCCGUCAUGGUUGUCAUCCUCAAGACACCUUUGCUGAGGAAGUUCAUCUUUGUCUGCCAUCUCUGCCUAGUUGAUCUGUUGUCAGCCAUUUUUGUCAUGCCACUGGGGAUCAUCUCCAGCUCCACCUGCUUCAACAGAGUGUUGUAUAGCAUUGCCGAGUGCCAAACAUUAAUCUUCCUGAAUGUCUGUUUCAUCAGUGCCUCCAUCCUCACUAUCUCCGUCAUCAGUGUAGAGAGGUAUUACUACAUUGUUCAUCCCAUGCGGUAUGAAGUCAAGAUGACGACUGGACUGGGACUCACGGUUGUGGCAUUCAUUUGGAUCAAGUCUAUCUUGGUUGCUGCUUUGGCACUGGUGGGCUGGCCUCAAGACAAUGGUGCCAGCAGUGCCAGCAAAUGUACUGUCUAUUGGAGCCCAGGAAUCCACAAGAAGAUAUUUGUGAUAAUCUUCAGCACUCUGUGCUUCAUACUGCCCACCUUAAUCCUCUUCACAGUCUAUGGCAGCAUCUACAAAGUUGCCCGGAUUGCUUCCUUGCAGAAUGUUCCUGCCCCAUCCUGGACUGCCACACCCAGACAAAGAUCAGCCUCCAUUCACAGCCAAGUCACUAUCAUCACAACCAGAAAUGUGCCUCCCAGGCUGUCACCUGAACGUUUAUUUGGGGGGAAUAAAGCUGCCCUCACACUGGUCUUGAUUGUAGGACAGUUCCUUUGUUGCUGGCUGCCAUUCUUCUCCUUCCACCUACAUUGUUCCAUCAACUCUCCUUCUGUGAACCCUGGCUAUGGUGAGAUUAUUGUGAACUGGCUUGCCUUUUCUUCUUUUGCUAUCAACCCUUUUUUCUAUGGGCUACUGAACCGCCAGAUCAGGGAAGAGUUAGCCAAACUAGGACGACAUUGCCUCAGUAAGCCACUGAGUCAAGAGCUGUGUGUCUCCAGCCCAGAGGGAUCCAUCCAUGAGAACUUUCUUCAAUUCCUGCAGAGGACCAGUUGCACAGUGGAGACCCGUUCCAGUUUUAUUAAUUCCAGCCCCAGGAACACUUUGGACCACACUGCAAUGGGUUUCAGAAUUCCAGGCCAAAUCCCAGAAGAAACCAACUGAGGGAAGAAAACAUUCCACAUCUUUUUAGAACAAUCCACAUCUUUUCCUACCUGGCUCUAAGUUAUGAGGAAGGAGAAGAUGUUCCAUGCAUUGAAAGAACUGUCCGCACCUCUUUCACUGGAGAAGUUGGUAGUUUCUUUUCAUAUGUGUACGGAAGUAAAUGUAACAAAAAUGCAUUGUCCUUCUGUGAUUAACUGAUUGUCCAUCUGCUGAGAUCAAAGCUAGUUUUAGGCAGCCAUAGCCAAACAUCUGGAGCAGUGCUGUAUACAGCAGCACUUUUAAAAAGAUUUGCAGACUGUACUUUGGAAGAAAGAGGAUUAUGAAUAAGGACCUUUCUAGACAACCCCCAGAGUGCUUGCUACUAUAAACACUCCAGUACUGUUAGUCCCAAGCCAGCACCAUGUGUGUUAUGCCUUUUUCCACUGUGUAAUAGAAUAGCCAGGUUUCCCCCCUACAUGUUUUUUUGGGAAAAAGAUAUACUCUAGUGCCAGAAAGGAAUGCUCAAACUCUUGAAAUGACUUAGCACUGUAAACCCAUCAGAGCAGUACAGACAGGGGAAUAGAGAUUUGUGGCAUUCAUCCAGGUGCUUAUGGUGAACAUCUACAACCUCCACAAUUAACUGCUAAGGUGUGAUUGAAAGAAGAAAUUGGAUUUUCCCAACAAGUCAACACUGCUAUUUGAGUGCAAGGAAAGUUUGAUUCCUCCAGCAACUUAGGGGUGAGGUGAGGUAAUGUUCUCUGAAGCUUGGAUGUUACCUACAUAUGCCCCAGGCAAGAAUAGUUUUGUCUGGAAGGAGCCUAGCUGGGUCUGUACUGCAGAAAGAGGGUUUUUUUCCCGAAUUUAGCUGCAAGUGCUAAGUUGGGUUCCAUACAGCACAAAUAUUCUUCAUAAUAAUAUGCUCUCAUGGGCAAGAUUCUGUUGUAUGUCAUUUGGAAGAAAGUUUCUUUAAGUAAAGGUUGCGUUUCUCUUCCUUUAUGUUCAGCCAAAUUUAAUUACUUCCUAGUCUCAGGGCAAGAAAAUGAUGGGGUUUUUUAGCAGAAAAAAGGAGUGGCUUUUACUUUCUACAAAUUGAAAAAUAGUAUUUAAGUCUCCCUUCUAAGAUUUGACAUUUACAACUGAUUUAUAACUGCGAAAUAUAAACAUUCAGCUUAUGAGAAAAUCAGGAAGUAAUGAAUUAAGAUGGAAGGAGAAGCUAGGGAAAAAUUAAAUGGACAAUAGUCCUAAGAAAAGUCACUGAUGCUUUUGCUGUUGACAUAGGCAUCAUCUGUUUUCAAAGGUUUUCUUAACCAUUACAUAGUAUGUAUUUGGUUGAAAUAUUUAUAUCUCUUAUCCUAUUUAACCCAAGGCAGCUUACAUACGUUAUCAUCAGGCCAAACAGCACAAGUUAGAAACAUGAUUCAAAAAUAUAAUAUAAAGCCCCAAGCCCUAGACACAGGAACAAACAAUGCACUGAUUGUCCACCAGAAAAAAAGUAGUUCAUGCCUAUGUGGGUGUUCUUUUGAAGGGUAUGUCACCUAUUUAAAAAGAACAAUCUUGAGAACUUCAGAAAAGACUGUUUAAAAGGUAGCCAUGUUGGUCUUCAGUACAAGAGCUAGAUUAGAGUCCAAUAGCACCUUAAGAGACCAACAAAGAAGGGAAGAGUUUCAAUUUAUACCCUACUUUUUGCUUCCAUGAGUCUCAAAACGGUGUACAAACUCCUUCACUUCCUCUACCUACAACAGGCAUCUUGUGAGGAAGCUGAAGCAGAGAGAGUUCUGAGAGAACUGAGGGAACUGCAACUAGCCCAAGGUCACCCAGCAGGCUUCAUGUGUAGGACCAGGGCAACAAAUCCAGUUCACUGAUAAGAGUCGGCAUAUCAUGUGGAAUAGUGGGGAAUCAAACCUGGUUCUCCAGAUUAGAGUCCACUGCUCUUAACCAUUGCACCAUGCUGGCUCUCUUUGGGGGCAUAACCUUUAAAGAGUCAAGCCUCCCUUCAUCAGAUUUGUUAUAAGAGAGCAUCGGAGAUAGUUCCUUUUUAGAGUGCCUUUGGAAGUCCAUUUCGCAAUACAAAAAUCAUGAUUGAAAAAGCACAAGAUGCCGAGAUAUAGGGCAUGCCACACAAGAAGAGCAGAUUGACAGGAGACACUGCUGUGAGGAAUGCAUGAAGAAAGAGGUGGUCCUUUUUAUGUGACAAAAAUGUUUUUAAAAUACAGAGAGUACUAGAAUGUAACAGGUAGCCAAUGACAUUAUCUGAACUAACUGUUAAAACUGAGCAAAUAAAGUAUGGUAACUACA